AUGGCUCUGUACCGUCGAACCGCAGAUUUCAUCUCCGCCUCCUGGGCUGACCAGCACACGCAACUCCCCCUGCUGGCGGUCACAGGAGCCUCAUUCGCAUUAGGCCUUUUGGUUCAAUCACUCUUGCGGACCGGACCAGUGCAAGCGGGCAUUCUUCCCUCACCCCGCUCGACAAUUCUGCCACGUCUGUCGGAAGAGGAGAUCCGCAAGCUACCUCUCCCGAGCGAUGUUCUUCCGGGUGGUCGUGAUGUUGAAAGUCCGUACGGCUCGCUCCGGUGCUAUGAAUGGGGUCGCGAAGAUGGACCUAAGGUCCUGUUGGUUCACGGUAUUACUACGCCCUGUGUCUCGCUAGGAGGGCUGGCCCAUGCGCUAGUGGAUCGCGGCUGUCGUUACCUAAAAGGAACAAAGCUAACUCACGAAAGAUUCGGGCGUGGCUACUCUGAGACCCCCGCUGAUCUCCCCCAGGAUGAGCGGCUUUUUACCACUCAGAUCCUGCUUGCUUUGGCUUCGUCGCCUAUCUCCUGGACUGGGGCCAGCUCUGGGAAGUUUUGUCUGGUAGGGUACUCCCUGGGUGGCGGAAUUGUGGCAAAUUUUGCUUCGUAUUUCCCAGAAAUGUUAUCCUCUCUGGUUCUUUUAGCCCCAGCCGGCAUGAUGCAUGACAACGACGUCGGUCUUCAGGCUCGCCUGCUCUACUCCCGUGGUCUCGUGCCAGAGAGCGUGCUUGGAUACUUCGUCAGGAAACGUCUACGCGGCGGGCCUCUAGUACCGCCGAAAGUUAACCCCAAAGGCGACAACAAGGUGGGCGUUGAAAGCGCCCUCACGGAAGAGUUCGCAACGGGUAAUGAGGCAGAAACCCAGAUUCUUUCGCGCGAGUACCCCCACAUCAACAUUCCUUCUUCGGUUGUCUGGCAAGUGGAUAAUAACCCUGGGUUCGUCCAUGCAUUCAUGUCUACCAUGCGCUUUGGUCCAAUCUUCCGUUCCAAGCAAUGGAGCGCCUGGGCUCGGCUUGGCGCGUACUUGAGUGCGCAGAACGGCGCGCCUGUAGGCAGCCAAGCCGGGAAGGGUUUGCCGAAUGAUAAGGUUCACAUCAUUUGUGGUAACAACGAUCAAAUCAUCAACAAGGAUGACCUCGUUACAGACGCCACCGCUGCCUUGGGAGGCAACGCUACCUUCAAGUUCUAUGAUGCCGGGCAUGAGUUCCCUAGCACCAAGUACGAGGAUAUUGCCUCCUACAUGAUUAAUUUUCUUUAG